AUGAAAACAAAAAAAUAUAAAAUAGGGAAAAGCUAUAAAGGAAAAGAAGUUUUAGAUGGAAAACUUUCUCAAAAAAUUCUUAAAAUUGCUCGAGAACAACAAGAAGAAUUUCAUGAUAAAUAUUUUCAGAAUUUUCAAAACUUUUCGUUGAAAGCAGCUGAAGAUUUCGGUUUAACUGAGUCUUCCUUUGAUUCUAGUUGUGAUGAAGAGUAUUCGGAUUUAGAAAAUACAGAUUUUGAAGAAAUUGAAAUUGAUAAAUCUGAUCAAGAUCUAUUUGAAAAGUUUUUGUCUUUUGAACCUAUUUCUAGAAAAACUAUAGAAAAUCAAAUAUUUAAUAAAAUAGAAGGACAUGGAUCAUUUAUAGGGCUAAAUAAUAAUAAUAAAAGGAGUAAUUCUAUUUCUUUGCCUCCAAAAGUUGUUGACGUUUAUACUAAAGUAGGUGUAUUAUUGUCGAGAUAUAAAUCUGGGAAGCUUCCAAAAGCAUUUAAAAUAAUUCCUUCUUUAGGAAAUUGGGAUGAUAUUUUAGUUUUAACAUGUCCUGAAAAAUGGUCACCUAAUGCAUGCUAUGAAGCAACACGUCUUUUUGUGAGUAAUUUGAAAUCUUAUCAAUUUCAAAAAUUUUUGUCUACUAUACUUUUUGAUAGGGUUCGUGAGGAUAUUUUAGAGAAUAAAAAGCUUAAUUAUCAUCUUUAUAUGUCUUUAAAAAAAAGCAUUUAUAAGCCUGCUGCAUUUUUUAAGGGCUUUUUAUUUCCUAUUUGUGAAAGCAAUUGUACACUUAAAGAAGCUGCUAUUAUAGGUUCUGUUUUAUCAAAAGUUUCUGUUCCUGUUUUGCAUUCUGCUGCUGCUCUUUUAAGAUUAUCGGAAAUGGAUUUUUCUGGUUCUACGUCAUUAUUUAUUAGAAUAUUGCUAGAUAAAAAAUAUGCUCUUCCUUAUAAAGUUGUGGAUGCAUUAGUAUUUCAUUUUAUGCGUUGGAAGUCUUUACAGCGCCCUUUAGCUGUUCUUGAACAUCAAUCUUUUUUAGUUUUUGUUCAAAGGUAUAAAAAUGACCUCACACCUGAUCAAAAGGAUGCUUUGUUAGAUGUAAUAAAGGUUAAAGGACAUGAAAAAAUUGGGCCUGAAGUAAGAAGAGAAUUAGUUAAUAGUCUUAAUAGAGGCGAUGUAUCGGUAGAAUUUAUGGAAACAUAA